AUGUUAGCCAAACUGCUACUCAUCUCUAAGCUCUUUGGACCAAUCUUUGGUCAAAUAUACGCCAUACUUGGAGAGGCGGUUUCCACCCGCUUACACCGACUCACCUACCGCGCUGUCGAGCAUCCGCGCAAUGUUGUCGUUAUCGGUGCUUCUUUCGCUGGAUACCACGCGGCUAAAUGCCUUGCUAGUUCGCUUCCAACUGGAUACCGGGCUGUGGUUAUCGAGAAGAAUACCCAUUUUCAGUUGACUUGGGUUUUGCCGCGGUUUAGCGUGGUGAAUGGCCACGAACAUAAGGCUUUCAUUCCUUAUGGGCCUUACCUUGAUCAUGUUCCCAAAGGUUCUUAUCAAUGGGUUCGUGAUAGUGUUGAGCGAAUUGUACCCGGUGAGAAUGGACAUACGGGGAAGGUAGAGCUCGCCUCUGGUAAAGAUAUUGAAUUCGACUACUUGGUGCUUGCGACUGGGGCAUCUGGAGCACUUCCAUCGCGAGUACCAGCCGGGAGCAAACAGGAAGGCAUAUACCAGCUACUCGCUGAGCAGGAAAAGCUCCGAGCUGCGACGAAUGUGGUCAUUGUUGGUGGUGGAGCUGCGGGAAUUGAGCUCGUGGCAGAUGCUAAAUCGCGAUAUCCUGAAAAAAGUGUCACGUUAGUCCAUUCCCGGAAGACACUGCUGGGUCGGUUUGGUCCUAGGCUGGGAGAAAAGGCAUUGCAAGCACUUGAAGAGCUAGGAGUGAGGACUAUAAUGGGCGAAAGGGUACUUAGCGACAAUGCAGAGGGCAGGAAUGUCACGUUGAGCUCAGGUGAAACUCUCGCGUGCGAUUACUUGGUGAAAUGUGUUGGCCAAAGUCCCAACUCGAAGUUAAUACAGGCGCUGUCACCCGAAUCGAUCUCUGAGACAGGCCAUGUUAAAGUUCGCCCCACCCUUCAGUUAUCGGACACAUCGUUCAAGAAUAUUUAUGCUGCCGGGGAUAUCGUAGAUAUGGACAAUAUCAAGAAUGGGAGAGCAGCAGUGGAACAGGCUCAGGCUGUCGCACAGAAUAUCGUGCGAUCCAUCAAGUCGCAGAAUCAGCUCGAGUACCGUCCGCAGUGGUGGGAGGGAAUGACGAAGCUACACGUAGGACUAGGUAAAGCCUUGGUUUGGAUGGGCGAUGGCUCGGCCGAAAUAAUCAUGUCCAUGAAGUGCCGAGCGGAGGAGUUGGACAGCGCGAAGGUGUGGAAGUUCUUCGGAGUGAAGCCAUACAUGGAUGAGGGAUAUGAACUGAAAAGGGAUUAG